UCGGGUCCGCGUGCCCGCCGUAGCCUAGCAACGGCAGAGCAGAGUUUCCUCCUGAGCUGUAAAUAUCCGGUAAGAGCAGUGUCGGGCACGCACAAGGCGGAUUCUUGCGGCUCUCACUGUGAGGAGAUGGCGACGGUGAACGACUCGCGCCUGCUGCAGCAGCCCUCUCAGAAGGACGCAGCUGAUCAGAACUUUGAUUAUAUGUUCAAGCUCCUGAUUAUUGGCAACAGCAGUGUGGGCAAAACCAGCUUCCUGUUCCGCUACGCCGAUGACUCCUUCACCUCGGCCUUCGUCAGCACAGUAGGCAUCGACUUCAAGGUCAAAACUGUCUUCCGCAACAACAAGCGGAUCAAGCUACAGAUCUGGGACACAGCAGGACAAGAGCGCUACCGAACCAUCACUACAGCAUAUUACAGAGGAGCCAUGGGCUUUCUGCUCAUGUAUGAUAUCACCAACCAGGACUCGUUUAAUGCUGUACAGGACUGGGCUACCCAGAUUAAGACAUACUCAUGGGACAAUGCACAAGUGAUUCUGGUGGGGAAUAAGUGUGACCUAGAGGAUGACCGACUUAUUCCAACAGAAGACAGCCAGAGACUUGCUGAUGAACUAGGAUUCCAGUUCUUUGAAGCCAGUGCCAAAGACAACAUCAAUGUGAAGCAGGUGUUUGAGCGGUUGGUGGAUGUAAUCUGUGAGAAAAUGAAUGAAACUAUGGAGGGAGAUGGUGGUCUACUCACCAGUCUCAAAGACUCCAACGUGCAGGACUCGUCCACUGAAGGACAUAGCAGCUGUGCCUGUUAAAAUACCAAACCCUCACCAUCUUGCUUCCAUUCCACCCUAUAACCUGCACCCUUGUCUCAGUCCACCUAUUUUCAGAGACUUCAGACUAGCUGUCUGACUGACCAAGACUUACUCCUCUGGAUUAAGAUGUGUUCUGAUUCUAUAAUCAGACCUUUCCCACAUUUCUUUGGUAUCUGUCAAACCAGUAUUCUAACUCUGAUUCAUUUUGCCAAGCAAGUGAAAGUGAAUAGUCUGUACAGCAGCCAAUAUGCAUGAUGUCUCUAAUAAGUAUACCUGCUAAUAGAAAAAGGGUGUUUUGUGAUUUUUGCUAAACAUAUGGUUGUGGUAGGUGGAAGCAUUUUCGAACUUGAACUGAGGUGUAGAAUGCACAAAAUCACUUAAAAAUCUUCUUAAACCUUGUUGCAGCUCAUUUUAACUCCUCUUGUGACUGUAGUAAGAAAUACAUGGGCUGUUAGAGGUCUGUGUGCUAGCAGCUUACAGAGAUCAACAUCUGUCCAUCCACACCCAUCUGUUCUCUCUAGCCCUCACGCUCUCUGUUGGUCAUCUCUCUCUUCUGAAAAAGUUUGGUAGCGCUCUGUGGCUUAGUCCACAGUACGCGUUUGUGUCGCAUACAAGCCAAUAGCCCUGUUUUCAACUACUAAUCUGUACCAGAUUCGGCUAGUGUUCUGUUUUUUGUUUAGUUUAUUUAGUAAAAAUUUAGAUUAUUAUGAGCUUGUUUCUAGCCCUGUGAUGACCUGGUGACUUGUCCAGGGUGUACCCCGCCUUUUGCCCGUAGUCAGCUGGGAUAGGCUCCAGCUUGCCUGCAACCCUGUAGAACAGGAUAAAGCGGCUAGAGAUAAUGAGAUGAGAUGAGAUCUUGUUUCUUUUUCAUUUCAUUUCAUGUCAAAUAUUUUUCUGAAUGGGAAUGAUGGAAAUGGUUAUUCUAGUAACAAUUGCUAAUAAAAUGCUGCAUGUAGCUCAAUGGAAAUAAUUCAGGCACCAUCAUAGAAGCUUUUGAAUUAAUGUUCUAAACCUGUUACACUAAGUAUUGAAUACAUUGAACUCUUCCUGCUUUUUGUAUAUUGCAUAGAAAUUCAUAGUUAAACAUCACUUAUUUUCACAACAUCUCAUUUCAGCAUAAAGCCAGUGUCAUUAUCUUAAGUAUUACAUUAAUGUACUAGUUGCUAAUGUGAACCAUAUGAAUUUGGUAUGCUUUAAAUUUUUAAGCUUUUAAGUGGUGUUUGUUUAAACCAUCAAUGCAAGACCAGACGUAUAUGCUAAGGGCUUGUGGAGGUGACAGAGGGUUAUGUGUAUCACAUGUUUAUGUACUUGUAAACUUUUUUUUUCUUUAAUUUGUUACCAGUGUUUUGUUUGUACAACAUACCACCCGUACCUACAUCCAUAUCACUCGUCACAGUUGUGAAGUACAGAAGAGAACCUGUACUAUUGUGUGGCAGAAUCGUUCAGUAAGUCAGAAUGUGCAGAUUACAUGGCUUGUAUGCUUUAUAUAUUCAGGGAUUGCUCUGAAACCUGCAGUAUGGUGAUGGUCAGACUCUGUACUAAACUCUCAUGUAAUCACCUAGUGCCAUACUGGGACAGAAUGUGCAUAUUGCCAACCUCAAAACCUCUUGCAUAUAUUGGCUUGUAUAAAGUUUUCUGGUAUCAGGACUGCUUUCCAGGCCUAAAUUACCUCGUGAUGUGACCUGGGCGGUGUGAUAACAGAAACCAGAGAAAACCCUCUGCAGCAUCUCAUCGAAUCUCCACCCGUUCCUGCUGUCUUUUCUCUAUCAAUCACCAAACAUACAGUCAACUGUUAUGAUCUGUCAGCACCAUUCAGCAGAGAUAUUCUGGUCUAAAAAAAUUUCUUUAAUAUGCUGUGUGGUGUGUGGUUUUUUUUUUUUCUUCCUUUUCUCUCCCCUCUCUUUUCUUUUUGGUCUCUGGAAUGUCUCAUACAUACUGUACCAUUUAAUAAAGUUCCUGAUUCCUGCCA